AUGACAAAUAGUGGUAUUGAAGCACUCAAAGGUACUUGGGACUAUGUUGAUAGCGAAAAUUUAGAUGAAUUUAUGAAAGAACUUGGUGUUGGAUGGGCAAUGCGUAUGGCAGCUAAAGGAGCAAAACCUCGUCUUAUUAUUAGUGAAAAUAAUGGUAAAUGGAAUAUUAAAUCAGAAAGUACCUUCAAAACAGUUUCAUAUGAUUUUACACCUGGCAUUGAAUUUAAUGAAGUAACACCUGAUGGACGUGAAGUUACAACAAUUAUUAAUUUUGAAGGUAAUAAAUGGGAGAACGUAACAAUUGAUAAAAGUGGCAAAAAAUCUCUUGUAACACGGUAUGUCGAUGAUAAAGGUCAACAAAUUAUUGAUAUGGAAUGUGGUUCAGUAAAAGCUCGACGUUGGUAUAAACGUGCUGAAUAG